CUUUCGUCAGAUUUCCUAUCAACUGGUGUUUGGAAGAGUGAAGUGCAGCGCCGGGUUGAGCGGAGUACGCGUGUUUUUAGGAUAAAUAAACGCUGGCGGUAAAUUCAGUCGUUCGGUUUGGUGAUUAAGUUUAACAGUGUGAAACUAACGAAAUGAAAUUAGAAGUGCUUCUGCUGGCAACGUGCAUCGCGGCAACAAUCGCAGCACCCCAACGGCCUGAUGCGGAGGCAGAAAUAAUCUCACAAGAUAGCAACAUCGAUCCAGACGGCUCUUAUCAGUACAGCUAUGAAACCGCCAACGGUAUUCGCGGCCAGGAACAGGGUACCCUGAAGCGAGCCAGCAGCCCAGACACCAGUGACGUUAUAAUAGCGUCCGGUUCGGUUUCCUAUACCGCGCCCGAUGGCCAGGUCAUCACGUUGAACUACGUUGCCGACGAUGAGAAUGGCUACCAGCCGCAGGGCGAUCAUCUGCCAACUCCGCCACCGAUCCCACCCCAAAUUCAAAAGGCGCUGGAUUAUUUGGCCAGUUUACCUCCAUCGAAUCGAAGACGUUAGACACCCCUUCAGGAGCCCUGACUCGCGACUCAGUAGACUUCAUAUCCGCCCACCCAAGGGAGCGUGAUGGCCAAUACUCAAUUUCUAGUGUUUUGAUAGUGUCAUAAGCGUUACUUUCGCGUGUUGUUAUACUUGUAAUCUUGUAGUUUUUAGGAGCAAAACGGUCGCAUCGAAAAAAGCGGCUCGAUAAAAGGUAUUUCGUGUUCAAUUGCUUUAACCGACAAUGCAUUACUAUUCGAAUGGAGAAGGAUACUACUGCAUUACCAAUGUUCAAAGGCGUUAUUAAAAUCGCAUGUUGAAAAACA